CGUGAAAAAGAGCGCAAGUUAGAUUGUGUUCCGCUUUCUACUCAAAACUCUGACACUGACUCCUCAUCCUAUUUUGUAUUUAAAAUCCCAAAAUCGGGAGCUUUGUUGAUCUGAUCACAAUUGAGAAGCAGCAGAAUGGUUUUGGGCAGGAAAGAAUCGAUUUUGGUGAGUGGUGGCGCGGGCUUCAUCGGCACACACACCGUGCUGCAGCUGCUCAACGCCGGCUUCGCUGUCUCCGUCUUAGACAAUCUCGACAACGCCGUCCAAGAAUCCCUUGACAAAGUCAGGGAGCUGGUCGGCCCCCAACUCUCCAACAAUCUCCAUUUCCAUUUGGGGGAUAUCACAAACCUGGAUGAUUUGGAGAUAUUGUUUUCUCAGACCAAAUUUGACGCAGUGAUCCAUUUUGCUGGGCUUAAAGCUGUUGGUGAGAGUGUUGCUAAUCCCAUGAGAUAUUUUGACAACAAUUUGGUUGGAUCUAUUAAUUUAUACAAAGUCAUGGCUAAAUAUAACUGUAAAAAGUUGGUUUUCUCCUCGUCUGCAACAGUUUAUGGUCAGCCUGAUAAAAUCCCUUGUGUUGAAGACUUUGAGUUGAAGGCUAUGAACCCUUACGGUCGCACUAAGCUCUUUCUUGAAGAAAUUGCUCGAGAUCUGCACAAGGCAGACCAAAAAUGGAGAAUAAUUUUGCUCAGAUACUUCAACCCGGUUGGGGCCCACGAGAGCGGCAUGCUUGGAGAGGACCCUAGAGGAAUCCCCAACAAUCUUAUGCCUUAUAUAACACAAGUGGCUGUUGGUAGAUUACCCGAGUUAAAUGUUUAUGGUCAUGAUUAUCCCACACCUGAUGGUAGCGCGAUUCGCGACUACAUCCAUGUUAUGGAUUUGGCAGAUGGCCACGUUGUUGCACUGGAGAAGCUUCUGCAACACAAUGACAUAGGUUGCGUUGCCUAUAACUUGGGGACUGGUCGUGGCACAUCCGUUCUUGAAAUGGUGUCAGCUUUCGAGAAGGCAUCAGGAAAGAAACUCCCUAUUAAACUCUGUCCAAGACGACCGGGAGAUGCAACAGCUGUUUAUGCGUCAACAUACAAGGCUGAGAGAGAGCUUGGUUGGAAGGCGAAGUAUGGCAUCGAUGAAAUGUGUAGAGACCAAUGGAAGUGGGCAAGCCAGAAUCCAUGGGGAUACCGAUCGAAGCCUUGAGAUCUGCUGCAUACCGUUACGCGUCGUGCCUUGUGAAACAAUAUCCUACAUUUUGCAACAUAGUUCAAUUUGUGGGGAAAUCUUAUUGUAUUUUGGAUGUUGAAAGUUAAUAAGUAGUCAUUCAUUCCCUUGUUAAA